AUGAACUCGGGUGUACACUGCCAACGUUUCUGGCAGUUCCGCUACCGUGAGGCUGCUGGGCCCCGAGAGGUUUGCAGCCAGCUCCAUGGGCUUUGCAACCACUGGCUGAAGCCAGAGAAGCACACCAAGGAGGAGAUCCUGGACCUGGUGAUCCUGGAGCAGUUCCUGGCCCUCCAGUCUGAGGACAUACAGAGCUGGGUCAGAGGAUGCAGGCCGGAGACUAGUUCCCAGGCGGUGUCCCUGGCCGAAGGUUUCCUCCUGAGCCAGGCAGAGGAGAAGAGGCAGGCUGAACAGAUGUGGGGCCCAUCCCUGAAGAUAGAAGGGACAUUCCCUGAGGUGGAAAGAACUUCCUUGGAGCAAGAGGAGAGAGCGCAGGCCCUGGAUCAUGCCCAAGAUGCCCUCUCCUGUGGUAAGGACUCUUUGCGCCUGAGUGCAUUUGAUGGGUAG